AUGGCGAAGACAGCGGCGCCUACCGAUGGGAGCAGCGGACCUUGUCAGAUCAAUCCCUGGCUCAUCUCACGGGCCUCCUCACCGGCCCACACCCCCGCCCUGCUGCCGUGCUGGGAGCCGGUGGCUGCGGAAGGCUCCCCCUGCCCCGACGUGGCACCUCAGAACCCGGAGCCCUCAGGCAAGUUCAAAGAAGGUGAGAGCCAGCGCUGGCCUCCCGGUGUUGGGGCGGACCCUGCGGUUUCCUCCCUGGUGACUUCCGGCUGCGAGGGCUUGGCCCCCAGAGAGGGCGGGGAGAUGACACAGUUGUUCCCUAAGCCCUGCGGGGCGGGCAGCAUGGUUCACUCCAGCAUGGGGGCUCCAGAAAUAAGAAUGUCUAAGCCCCUGGAGGCCGAGAAGCAAGGUCUGGACUCCCCGUCAGAGCACGCAGACACUGAAAGAAAUGGACCAGACACUAACCAUCAGAACCCCCAGAAUAAGACCUCCCCGUUCUCCGUGUCCCCGACUGGCCCCAGCACCAAGAUCAAGGCUGAAGACCCCAGCGGCGACUCAGCCCCAGCAGCACCCCCGCCUCCGCAGCCAGCUCAGCCACACUUGCCCCAGGCCCAACUCAUGUUGACUGGCAGCCAGCUAGCUGGAGACAUCCAGCAGCUCCUUCAGCUCCAGCAGCUGGUGCUUGUGCCAGGUCACCACCUCCAGCCACCUGCUCAGUUCCUGCUGCCGCAGGCCCAGCAGAGUCAGCCAGGCCUGCUACCGACACCAAAUCUAUUCCAGCUACCUCAGCAAACCCAGGGAGCUCUUCUGACCUCCCAGCCCCGGGCAGGGCUGCCCACACAGGCCGUGACCCGCCCCACGCUGCCCGACCCGCACCUCUCACACCCGCAGCCCCCCAAAUGCUUGGAGCCACCAUCCCAUCCCGAGGAGCCCAGUGAUCUGGAGGAGCUGGAGCAGUUCGCUCGCACCUUCAAGCAACGCCGCAUCAAGCUGGGUUUCACACAGGGUGACGUGGGCCUGGCCAUGGGCAAGCUCUAUGGCAACGACUUCAGCCAGACGACCAUUUCCCGCUUCGAGGCCCUCAACCUGAGCUUCAAGAACAUGUGCAAACUCAAGCCCCUCCUGGAGAAGUGGCUCAACGAUGCAGAGACUAUGUCUGUGGACUCAAGCCUGCCCAGCCCCAACCAGCUGAGCAGCCCCAGCCUAGGUUUCGACGGGCUCCCCGGCCGGAGACGCAAGAAGAGGACCAGCAUCGAGACAAACGUCCGCUUCGCCUUAGAGAAGAGUUUUCUAGCGAACCAGAAGCCUACCUCAGAGGAGAUCCUGCUGAUCGCAGAGCAGCUGCACAUGGAGAAGGAAGUAAUCCGCGUCUGGUUCUGCAACCGGCGCCAGAAGGAGAAACGCAUCAACCCCUGCAGCGCGGCCCCCAUGCUGCCCAGUCCGGGCAAGCCGGCCAGCUACAGCCCCCACCUGGUCACACCGCAAGGGGGCGCCGGGACCCUGCCAUUGUCCCAAGCUUCCAGCAGUCUGAGCACAACAGUUACUACCUUAUCCUCAGCUGUGGGGACACUCCACCCCAGCCGGACAGGUGGAGGGGGUGGGGCCGGGGGCGGGGCCGCGCCCCCCAUCAAUUCCAUCCCCUCUGUCACCCCCCCACCCCCGGCCACCACCAACAGCACAAAUCCCAGCCCUCAAGGCAGCCACUCGGCUAUCGGCUUGUCGGGCCUGAGCCCCAGCACGGGAAGCACAAUGGUGGGGUUGAGCUCCGGGCUGAGUCCAGCCCUCAUGAGCAACAACCCUUUGGCCACUAUCCAAGCCCUGGCCUCUGGUGGAACCCUGCCCCUUACCAGCCUUGACAGCAGCGGGAACCUGGUGCUGGGGGCGGCUGGCGCAGCCCCAGGGAGCCCAGGCCUGGUGACCUCACCACUCUUCUUGAACCACGCUGGGCUGCCCCUGCUCAGCGCCCCGCCUGGUGUGGGUCUGGUCUCGGCAGCCGCUGCGGCCGUGGCGGCCUCCAUCUCCAGCAAGUCUCCUGGCCUCUCCUCGUCCUCCUCCUCGUCCUCCUCCUCGUCCUCCUCCACCUGCAGUGAGACGGCAGCACAGACCCCUGGAGGCCCAGGGGGACCCGAGGUAGGGUCCAAGCCCGAGUGA